CCGGCUCCGGAGAGGUUUCGAGCCACAGGCGCUCUGCGUAAAUUUGCGUAAUUUGCAGUGCUUUCCUUGCGCAAUUAGUGCUGAGCCUUUCCGCGCACACGUCGGUUGUGGAAAAGAGAAUGUAGGGUAGAAGACAGAAGGCAGCCAUCGGCACACCCCACCACCCAUGAAUAACUUGGGGUGCUUCGCUGAUCCGUAAAAUACAGGGAGCAGGAGGUUUGCAGACCCAAUUGCAAACCGUGCCCUGGGGAAAGGGUGCCUUUUUAGGGGAAGAACUUUUGGCGGCUUCAUCUUCUAUUGUUUUCAAGUCGUGGCCCGAGUGUGCCCUCGGGUCAUCCUGGGGAGGAGCCGGGGCCCGGGUCUCUGCUGCGGAGGCCGCUGCGCCGCCUCGCGUAGGCGCUCAAACUUUCCCGGCGGUUCCGAGAGCAGAAGUUUUCCAACAACAAACACCGCUCAAGUUUUGCUCCCCGGCGCGCCGGCAACUCCCGCGAGCACCAGGCGCGUGGGCUGGGACGGAGCCCAGAGGAAACCUGGAAAUGCUCCCGGGCGCAAGCGAACCCUGCGCGUUCGUACAGUUAGUGCCGAGCGCGGAAGGCGCGCACAGGUGUCUCGCUCCGCAUAUUAGCACCUUAAGUGCUAAUAAACAGUCUUUUCCGGCCGCAGAGCGCUGUUUUAAAAGCUGGGGAGAAGCAGAUGGGUUUGGAGUUCCUGAUUGCGCGCAGCAGGUUUCUCUCCUUUGGAGGAAGGAAUUGCGCAAAAAAGAACACACGCCUUUAAUUUGUAACUAAAAAUCUCAAGAGGCGCUGCCUGGUACAAAGUCGGUGCAUAUGUUGAUACAGAACUAAAAAGAAGAGGACAUUUGCCGCUUGGCCUCAUCUCAACCAUCAGCUGGGGUGGCUUCGAAGAGACGCCGCCGCCUAGGCUCCCACCCCGUAGCCUGCUUUCCUGCCGCGGACCUCCGGCCCCACCGGGAAAGAGAGCCCUUCCCCACCUGCCGCGUCCCGCGCCGCCGGGCCAUGGCCGACAGCAGCGGCACGGGCAGCUCUGGGUCUUGGUGGAAAUCGCUAACCAACAGCAGAAAGAAAAGCAAGGAAGCCGCGGUAGGGGCGCAGCCUCCCGCCCAGCCUGCCCCCGGGGAGCCCGCGCCGCCCGCACCACCCAGCGCCGACUGGACUGGCAGCUCCCGGGAGAAUCAGCACCCCAAUCUCCUUGGGGGCGCCGGCGAGCCCCACAAGCCGGACAAGUUGUGCGGGGAGAAGUCAGGCAGCAGCCGCCGCAAUUUGAAGAUCUCGCGCUCCGGCCGCUUUAAGGAGAAGAGGAAAGUGCGCGCCACUCUGCUCCCCGAAGGAGUCAGGUCCCCUGAGGAGGCGGGCUUCCCUGGUGACCCCCACGACGACAAGCAAUAGCCACAGCGCGGCGGGACUGUCUUUCUCCCCACCACUCCUCCCUACCCUAGCCCGAGAAUUGCGGCCCGCCCCAGUACCUGGUUCUAAUCCCACCAACUUCUGAGUAUUCACACGAGGCCUCCACGAUUUUGAUUUCCUGGAAAUUGAAGUGUCGGUUAAGUUUUCAAUAUUUCAUGGCCCGAGGAGGCACUGAAUAUGUACUUGUGGUAAGCGAAGAUACCUGCCACAGAGGAAGUUGGCAUAAUCCUUUUUUUCCCCCCCAAGAGUGGCCCCUUGUGCCACCUGGGGAGUGAGAAGGGUACUGCUCUGAGUGGGUCACUCACCUGGAACCGCACAGCCCCUCCAACGAGGAAGCAGUGCUCCGAUUCAGGACUCGCUGUUGGAGAGCAAAUCACACUGCUGUUUUUAACGCCAGAGAAAUGCACUUUAGAAGUACUUGUGUAGACUCGUACCUAAGGGAAGGGCUGAGAGGGAGCAGGAAGCAUUCUUAGGUAGAAGCAUUAGAAGUAAGGCAAGGUUGCUUUUAAUGUUGAACUACAAAACUGUACUGCCUGUUUUAGUGUAGACCAUUAAACCUGCUGCACCGUAA